UAUGAAUAUAGUGGCUUUAAAACUAUUCAAAAACAUGUCAUUGCCAACUAUUUAUGCGACCUGUCAAGAAAAAUCUAUCGAGUUUACAGAUAAAGCCCUUGCAGUCAGUAUCGUCGGUGCAGUUUUCGCCGCUAUAAUUAUCUUAGCUACAGCAUAUGACGUCAUCAUUCAACAUUUUCUUCAAAAACAACCAAAACAAUAUGAAAAGGAAAAAUGCCAACUUACAUAUGCUAAUGGUAAACAUAACAAUGCCUUCACUAUCACUGAUGAGAAAAUAUCAAACGGUGACAGUUUGAAAAAUGGCGAUGUUGCAAAGGACUUCAAGGACAUUGAAAAGACGGUGCCUAAUGUAAUUAGUUUUGAGAAAACGUCGUAUAAACCAGGUUUACUUGGAAAGCUUCUACUCUCUUUCUCUGUAUAUACAAACGCUCCUAAAAUCCUCAACACGAGUCAACCUAAAGGAACGCUGACAUGUGUGAAUGGGAUUCGCUUCAUCAGCACGACCUGGGUCAUCCUGGGUCAUACAUACGCAUUUGGGUUCACAACGGCAGGAAACGUUGCAACGUAUUUCCCAGCGCUGACAAAGCGAUUUACCUUCCAAGCUAUUCUGAACGCAACUGUUUCUGUAGACACAUUCUUUGUCCUCAGUGGCCUGUUGGUGUCUUAUCUGUCAUUAAAAGAAUUGAAAAAGAGAGGAGGGGCGUUGAAGUUUAACUGGCUACUCUUUUACUUCCAUAGAUACUGGAGACUGACGCCGCCUUAUAUGCUUCUGUUGAUGCUGUAUGUACCUACAUUUAAGUACUGGGCAAGUGGGCCUUUAUGGCCUCAAAAAGGCAUUGAAGUAGAUGAAUGUGAGGAUCGCUGGUGGACAAAUAUGUUGUAUAUAAACAAUCUUUACAAAGCGGACAGACAGUGUAUGGGAUGGAGUUGGUAUCUAGCGAAUGACAUGCAGUUUUAUGUCAUAAGCCCUCUGAUGUUGAUUCCGCUGUUUUAUUCCCCCGUUGCAGGAGCUGUGGUUUGUUUUGCACUCCUACUCGGAACAUUCAUCUGUUCUGGACUUGUAGCUAGCCAUUAUGACAUUGCGGCAAAUAUGAUGUUCAGUAAAGAUGUCGGAGUGGCAAUGGACAAAAUGUAUUAUAAACCAUGGACUCGUGUCGGACCAUACAUUGUGGGUUUCUUUCUGGGUUACAUCUUGUACAAAACAGAAUGCAAAGUGAAAAUGUCAAAGCUAUUAAACUUGGUCGGAUGGGCUGUAGCAACAGCUAUGGCAGUCAGUGUGUUAUAUGGACUGUAUACACCAGAGGGAAAUCUACCAGACCUUUCUAAAGGCGUAUCUGCCCUCUACAAUGCUACGUCUAGAACUGCCUGGGGAAUAAGUGUUGCAUGGGUGAUAUUUGCAUGUGCUACUGGAUAUGGGGGACCCGUCAAUAGCCUGUUGUCAUGGCGAGGAAUUAUCCCACUUAGUCGUCUCACAUACUGUGCAUAUCUUGUACAUCCUAUUGUGAUGUCCCUUUACUUUUUCAGUAGAAAAACUAUGAUGUACUGGUAUGACCUCAAUCUAAUUUACCUUUUCCUGGGACAUCUCUGUAUAUCGUAUGCGGCAGCGUUUGUGAUAUCUUUGGCGUUUGAAUCACCCAUGAUGGGAUUAGAGAAAGUGCUGCUUGGGAGGAAGAAAAAUAGUUAGAUUUAUCUCAGAAUAUGAAGGAGGCAAAAGUGUUGAAUAUAAGAUUCACAUGUAUUACUGUCGGUCUAAUAUUAUUGUAUCAAUCAAUCAAUCAAUCAAUCAAUCAAUAUAUAUAUAUAUAUAUAUAUAUAUAUAUAUAUA